AUGGCGGAAGCUGCCAAAGACUCAGUUGACCUCCAGGCAGACUCGGUUCGUUCUCUUGCCAGUCAUUGUGCAGCUGGAAAUGAGCAGUAUUUAUCAAAAACAUAAACAUUUUGAGUUGAGGGGUCCCGCCUGAAGUUUCAAAUUUAGACUUUUUGAAUCUUCGGAGUUAGAAAAAAAUUUAAAAGUUGUAAUCCUUCCUAUUCGCCGUCCAUUAGGCUACUGGAAAACUCAAAUUGAAAAUUCGAUGGAAUUUUUUCGAAAACGGGUGUGUGCCUGAGAUGAGCGGAACUGUUCAGCAAAAAAAAUGUCGAAGAUGAAAACGGUGUAAACUAUUUUACCAAAAAAAGAAGAUGUCUGUAAAACUUUACCUACUUGGGAUAUAAAAUGUUUCAGGUGAUACUCCGAUUAAUUUUGGUUUCCGGCAAAACUCACGAAUUUUCCUUUUCCCAACUCGCCUCGGCAGCAGACGUCAUUCAGCGAGUUUUUGAGCAGUGGCCUUCAGGUUUCUAUUCAUCUCACUACAUCUAAAAGUUCAUUUUUUGCCGUGCUCAAAAUAAUUCAAAAUGAAGUGAAAAAGAUAACUAAACUCUGAGAAACAAAAUUGAACUUUAACUUCGCAGAGAUACAUUCAAGCAAGGCCUUAAUUUAUGGUUAGGAUUUUCCUGAUAAUUGGCCAGAGGACGUAUGUAACGGGGUGGAAAAUGAUUCCCCGCCAUUUUCCUCAAACUCGAAAAUGACUAGAGUUAGACUUUUUCAGACUGAAAUAGUUUCUUCUCUAUCCGAAUUUUUUUAAAAAGCCUCAUUAUAUCAGAUAAAGCCGAAAUCAAUGAUAUUCUAGCGAGUUUCAGGCCUUUUCUAUUUUCAGGAAAAUGGCGGAAAUUCAUUUUUCACUUCAUUGAGUUCGGCCUCAUAAAAUUAUUGACUUAGCAAAUCCUGAAAGUCUCAACCUAUUUUUUCGAGAAACGGCGUCGCAAAGUCAAGAGAACCAUCAAAACCAGUUAGUAAGGCUAAUUUUAGACAUUGAGCUCCUUUUUUGCGGAAAACAGGUUGAGACUGUCAGGAUCUUGGGACUUUUAGGAGUGUUCUGGACAAUUUUCAAAAACUUCCAAAUUAAAAAUUGACUUCACUUGUCUAGAAUCACAUAACUGAGAAUUUUUUUGAAUCUUAUAAUAACUUUCUCUGAUUUGCCUAUGAUUUGAAGCGUCGUCGAAGAAUAUUCGUAAAGAGAGCGAAAAAUUGAAUCAAAUUUCAUCUCAACUUCGAGCCGGCUCUACAAACAAUCCUUACGUCAAAAGUUUGAAAAGAAAAGCGCUUUGGACCUUUCGAAAUAAGUUUCUAGUUCUCAGACAUCCACUUUUCUGGUUUCCAGUGUAGUUUCAAAACAAGACUAUUUACAGAAUGGGAGGCCGACAAAGUGGAGUCGGCAUCCAUGCUAAAACUCAUUUACCACGGCCGGUUUCUGCACGGGUCCGUCACGUUACAUGCAUUACAACUUACGCCGGGAAAAAUCACUGUAAUGCAUCUCGUAACUCGUGAAAAUCUCCCCGAACCCAAUUCCAGCGGUAUGUCUUUUCUUAAAUUGACAAAAAUUAAACACGCAUGGAAAUUUUCGGAAAAACGAGAUUCUCAGAAUUUGAAAUAUUGAGCUCAGUGGGUGAUUAGAGAGAAAAUCUAUAUUUUUGAAUCAUUUCGGCCACCAGAAAAUUUUUAAAAUUAAAAAAAAAUAAUUUUUUAUUUUUCUACUCAAUUAAACACCUGUAACGAAACGUUUCAGGUAGAUAAGCAUUCUUACCACUUCAAAAAUCAGGAAGAACAUAUUUUCAGAAACGCUGACGAAACGAAAGAACGGGAAUUGUUGUCGAUGCGUCUUGUCAUAG